CUGUUCAUUUUAGAAUGUUCUCAUCUUCAUCAAAUUCAUUCACACCAACUCUAGUGUAUUAACCUGAUGGAAAUAUGAACCAAACUGUGUUGCAUAGCACUGUAUUUUUCACUGCGUAUGGACCUCCAGGCCCACUCAACUACGCAGCUUUUUUCUUCACAUUUUUGCUUUUCUUCAUUACAAUAUUUGCCAACAUCAGUCUCAUGCUUGUCAUCUACUUAGAAUCACACUUACACAAGCCCAUGUACAUAUUUCUCUUCAACUUGGCGGUGAAUGGACUGAUUGGGUGUUUAUCCGUCUGUCCGAAGAUCAUGGACAAUCUUGUUAAUGACAUAAAGGACAUCUCUCACAAAGGUUGUUUAUUGCAGGUGUUUUUCAGCAGUGUAUAUGCAACGUGUGCUUACGUUAUUCUAGCAGUGAUGGCAUAUGACAGGUAUGUCUCAAUUUGUAAGCCAUUGCAAUAUCAUAGCAUUAUGACCCCUUCUAAAGUGAAGAUGUUGGUAGCAUUGGUAUAUUUUAUUCCCAUAACUAUGCUUGCUUUUCAAAUAUUUAUCACUUCUAGGCUCCCUGUGUGCAGCUACAAUAUCAACAAGCUUUUUUGUGAUAACCUAUCAGUUGUUAAACUCUCUUGUGUUGAAAGUGCACUGAGUAACCUGUAUGGUAUAUGUAUGAUAGCAAGUCUAGUGGUUUCACCUUUUGUGUUAGUUGUGCUCUCAUACAUCAAAAUAUUACUUGUUUGCUUGAAAGUCUCAAAGGAGUCACGAACUAAGGCUUUUAAUACAUGUGCUCCCCACUUGAUCACUUUCAUCAACUUCUCAACAGCCAUCAUUUUUUCUGUUAUUUACAACAGGCACAGCACAGUUAGCAAGGAGGUUAAUGUAUUAAUAGCAGUACAGUCCAUUCUUUUCCCACCACUGGUACACCCUAUCAUAUAUGGUAUUAGGACCAAGGAGAUCAGAACAUGUAUUACAAAAAUUAUAAGAUCAAGAAUCUUUUCUAACUCUCUUGAUUUUCCUCAUGUAAAAUCUGAACGUAAACUGGUACCAAUUAUGACUUUAGAUGGUACAGCAGCAGGGCAAGGGUUGCCGGUUUGAAUCCCAGGUAUCACAAGAACUUAUGACAGAAUGUGAGCCGCCAGAACUGGAUGUUUUUAUCAUCAACCUAAUCUCUUGUUUCUCCUUUUUAUUGCAUUUUUUUUGUGAAUUAUUAUGCAUUUUGUUAAGCCUAUUUUACUAUAGGAAAGUCAAAUAAGGGAUGGUGCUGUGUCGCUGAUCCUUCCACUUUAGCAUGUCAGUGGGCAUGUAUGUGUGUUUCAGGGGGGUUGGAGAAAGAGAAAAAGGAUGUAAGGAUGCAAUAAGUUCUGUUUCCACAAAUGGGCAGUAAAGUAUUCUUCCAGACAUGACGGAUCUAGUAGAUCCUUUUGAUAUUUUGAAGAAAUGUGAAUUAGAAAGUAAAAUAAACAAAUAAUU